GCCCCACCCGGGCGCUGGAACCCGCACCGCGUCCGGCCCGGGUCGGAUGGUUCCCCCCCGAGGUUGGCGUCUUCUACUGGGGCCGCCUCUGACCCGGAAGACGUGAUUUUCAAAGCUAAUUAUGAAAACAUUUGUCAUUGGAAUCAGUGGGGUAACAAAUGGCGGGAAGACAACACUGGCUAAGAAGUUGCAGAAACACCUCCCAAACUGCAGUGUCAUCUCUCAGGAUGAUUUCUUUAAGCCACAGUCAGAGAUAGAGACAGAUACAAACGGAUUUCUGCAGUAUGACGUGCUUGAAGCGCUUAACAUGGAAAAAAUGAUGUCCGCCAUUUCCCGCUGGAUGGAAAGCCCAAGACACUCACCGGUAUCAACAGACUCCGGAAGCACUGAGGAAAUUCCCAUAUUAAUCAUUGAAGGCUUCCUUCUCUACAAUUAUAAGCCCCUUGAUGCUCUGUGGAACAGAAGCUACUUUCUGACAAUUCCUUAUGAAGAGUGUAAGAGGAGGAGGAGUACAAGGGUCUAUGAGCCCCCAGAUGUCCCAGGGUACUUUGAUGGCCACGUGUGGCCCAUGUAUCUGAAGCACAGACAAGAAAUAGAGAACAUCACGUGGGAGAUUAUUUACCUAGAUGGAACCAAAUCAGAAGAGGACCUCUUUUCACAAGUGUAUGAAGAGCUAAAACAAGAACUAGCAAAGCAUAAGUGUAAGUGUCGUGGAUGGUGAAGAACAGCCAGGAAGAAGCGUUCAUUGCACACCCAAGAGCGGCUUCCCAGAAUGCUCCUGGAGGAGCGGGUGUAUCCUUUCCCUCUUUGCUUUGAAGACAAUUUCAAAUCAGAGACUCUGAAUGGGUUUGAGGCCUUGAUUAUUUUGUUUAUGAGGUUUUGUUUUUGUUGCUGGUUUUUUUUUUUUUUUAAGGGUGAAAAUGCCCACCCAAUGUUACAGCCCUUAACGAUGUUUAUGUUACAUAGUUUAAAUUUUCUAGUAGAUGGCUGUCAUUUCAGUGGGACUGACAUUAUCCUUUGGGCAGAGUGAAAUUAAAAGGCUAAUGAUCCCCUUUUCAUAUGUCUAGAGCUCCCCUUCUGCUUUAGUUCUCUUGAAGAUUUCCCAUGAACUUAUUUUUCCCAGAUACCUCAAAAAUAAACACAGGAUGUUAAAAAAAUAUAUAUUUAUGGAG